AUGCCUAUUUCCUUGUCGUACCCCUUACACAAUAAACAUUUACUGUGGAAACCGAAAAUAAAGCUGACAGUGAUCCCCGUUUGCCCUGAAUAUAGUGGUGCUCGCUCUCACUCCUCGGGCGCUUCAACUCCUGGCAAACAUCGCGCCACCACCCUCGAUAUUCCGGGACUGACCAGAUCUAAAGUCUCUCCCGAUGGACGUAUUGCACAGCGAGAUGUCGGCUCCAAGCUGGUUAUCGUCAUGGUGGGCUUGCCAGCACGUGGCAAGAGCUACAUUACCAAAAAACUAGCCCGCUACCUGAACUGGAUGCAACACGAUACCAAGAUUUUCAACGUAGGCGAACGUCGACGGGUUGCGGCAGGGGGUUCUGUGCCCUCCGCGGGCCGGAAUUCUAUCUUCGAGGAUGAGUUGAGGGAUUCUGUGCGUGAGCUCAGCAUCGGUGGUGGCGGUUCAGCUAAAAUUGAUAACGAACAUGAGAUUCUGCCCCCAGCGGCUAUUCUUUUGAAUGGUACCGCAGUCGAGCCGCCAACGCCCGAGGAUAUAAUCACGCGCGAUCCUAGCCCCAUGAGUGAUAUGCCCUAUUUAUCCCCAAAAUCUAUACCGGCGUCGGCAAACAUAUCUUCAACUUCCCUAUCUCGGACAUCUGUAACUAGUCCUAUGAAAUCUACGAGAGGUGGAUCUAUAGACCAGUCUGCGCAGUUUUUUGACCCGGCCAACGAACGGGCUGUUCAGUUGAGAGAACAGGUAGCGCUGCUGACUUUGGACGAACUUUUGGACUAUAUUCUUGAACAAGGCGGGAGUAUUGGUAUUCUGGAUGCUACAAACAGUACACUGAAGCGCCGCAAGGCAAUCAUGGACCAUGUGCGCGCACGAGCGGGGCCGGAACUCAAUGUGCUAUUCCUAGAAAGUCAAUGCCUUGACAAGGAGCUCUUGGAAUCAAAUAUGCGACUGAAACUUUCGGGGCCUGAUUACAGGGACCAGGAUCCCACCCUUGCCCUAGAGGACUUCAAAAAGCGUGUCGCUCUGUACGAGAAAUCGUACGUAGCGCUGGGGGAGUACGAAGAGAAACACAACAUGCCCUACGUGCAGACAAUAGAUGUCAGCCGCAAAGUGAUCGCACAUCAGGUCAACGGCUUCCUGUCGUCUCAAGUCAUGUAUUACCUCCUGAACUUCAACUUGUCCCCGCGACAGAUAUGGAUCUGCCGCCAUGGCGAAAGUCUGGAUAACGUUGCCGGCAGAAUCGGGGGCGAUUCCCCACUCAGCGAAAAUGGCGUUCGCUUCGCAAAAGCUCUGACAAAAUUCAUCGGCGAGCAACGCAAGCUCUGGGAACAAUACCAAAAGUCAAAGGCGCUCUCAACUCAUUUUCCCCCGCGCCCUGGUGACAGCACGCCUCCCAACCCGCAAUAUGCCGCGCAGAACGCUGAGCCACGCAAUUUCUGCGUCUGGUCAUCCAUGCUUACCCGCUCGGUCCAAACGGUCCAAUAUUUUGACGACGAGGAAUAUGACGUCAAACAGAUGCGCAUGCUCGACGAACUGAACGCGGGUAAGAUGGAAGGCUUGACCUAUGACGAAAUCCGUAAGCAGUUUCCUGAGGAAUAUGCAAACCGCAAGCGCCAAAAACUACAUUAUCGCUACCCCGGUCCUGGGGGAGAGGGUUAUCUGGACAUCAUCAACCGGCUGAAGGCAGUGAUUGUGGAAGUUGAGCGGAUGACGGAUAGCGUGCUGCUUGUCAGCCACCGGUCUGUUGCUCGUGUGCUGCUAGCGUAUUUCCGAGGACUAAAGAGGGAGGAAUUAGCCGAUUUGGAUGUUCCGUUGGGUGUUUUAUAUAUGCUUGAACCGAAACCAUAUGGCGUAGAGUUCAAGGCAUACAGAUACAAUCCAAGUACAGACUGGUUCGACUUCAUGCCCAACUAUGAGUUACGGCAGGCAUCUUAUUAUUAA